UGUCUAGAAACAAAUUCGGAAAUGUGAAACAAAACACGAGUUAUGCCACAUUGGGGGAAAAGAUACGGGGGGAGGGGCGAUGCGAUCAUUAUCAGUGUCAAGGCCAAAGCUGGCUCUGCUCUCGACCACCACUCCCUUCCCUUUAGCUCUUAUCGUCUGCUGGCCAAUGGACCGAAACCACUCUUAGGCUCCACGUGGUUGGCCUAUAAAUACAAAUACAUCAGUUUGGUCCACGUGCAGCGCACAGCUGACUGUGACAGUGGAGAGGAAUCUUCUUAUUUAUUAACGUUGGAUUUAAAUAGUCUUUGUUGGAAUUAUUUAUCUUGAUUUUGGAUUAGUUUUUAUUUUUACUGGAAAUUUAUGUGAUAAAAAUGAUUUCUAAAACAUCAGACAAGAUCAUUUAUGACAGAUCAUUUCUGUUGGCACUCCGACUGUCGCCACUUUCACUAGUCAAGCCAGCCAACUGUGAGGAUAAUGAUGUCAUACUGGAGGAGCCCAUUACAGCAGAUAGUAUUCCUGAAUGCCGAGGAGAAUUAACAGAGGAUUAUUUCUCAUCGGAUCCACAAAAUAAUUUUAACAGAAAGCGUGUCAUUACUGGGAUCUCUUUAGAAAAUGAUCAGAAACUUCUGCAUGCCAGUGACAAACCUUGGAAGCCAGGUCACAAGGAUCAACAGAAAGAAAAUAAAAACAAAAAUCUAGAAUCUUCAGUGCUGUACAUCAUGAACAGAUUAACUCCCUCUAAUUUUAAAAAGUUGGCAGAAGAAAUGAUGGCGUUAGAGAUAACAACCUUUGAGGACCUUGAGUUGGUAGUCAGCACAGUAUUUGAUAAGGUGGCUAUAGAAACAAAGUUUGUCCAGGCUUAUGCAUCUUUGUGCCAAGUUAUGCUAGGGCUGCAAGUUGAACCUCCUCCCACAAUUCCAAAGAACAAAGCAACCUUUCGUGCAAUAUUAGUAACUAAGUGCCAGAAAGCCUUUGAAGCUGAUAAAAGUGUUAUUUUUGAAAGUGCGGAGGAAAUAAAGAAAAGAAUUACGGAAGAAAUGAAAGAGGACACUCCAAGCAGAGCUGAAAAAAUUGAGACAACUUUAUAUCAGAUGAAAUUAAGUCAAAUGAAGUUUUUUGGAAACAUUAGUUUUAUCUGUGAGUUGUUUAAGUUGGGUAUACUGCCUGAAGUCAUCAUUCACAGCUGUAUCACCAAACUUCUCUCAUGCACUGAUGAUGAGUCUCUCUUCUCCUUGUGUAGACUAAUCACUGCAGUGGGCAAACACAUUGACACCAAAAAGUCUAAGGCCCAGAUUGACAAAUAUUUCACCAGGAUAACGCAGUUGGCUGCCAUCAGCAAAUCAAGACUUAAGUUUGCUCUCUGUGACGUGCUUGAUUUAAGAAAGAACAAAUGGGUUCCUAGGACCAAAACGACUGGUCCCAAAACUCUUGAAGAAAUACACAAGGACUUCAAAGAAGAACAGUCAGUGAGCGAGUCACCAAAGCCCAAACCAAAGAAACCAUUGAAAAGGGAAGCAGCAACAACUGACAUCAGACCAAGUACUACGACCAGAGCCAGUAAAACGAGCAACCCCGCUGAGGUGAAAGAAGACAAAAAACAAUGCAAAGCUGGCAAUGAUUCGGACAAAGAGAAUGAGUGCAAUUGGACACAGGUCAAAUCAAAAGGAAAGGCGUCUCAGUCCAAAAAACAAACUGGCAAAAUAUCCAAAGAGAAGAAACAGGCUGAUGCAGGUAGAUUUGCUAAAAAGAAUGAAACGCCACCAAACACGGCAACCAAAACUUUUGAUGUCAUUCCAGAAGUUUCUGACGACUUCACUGUUAGAAAGAUGGAGAAAAAAGGUUCUGCUGAAUCCACACUAAGAUAUGAUCUGUCAGAUUCUGAAAAUGAACAAUUGGAGGAGCCUAAAGUGGAGUCGAUUGACUUCAGUCGAUUCAAACUGUCCAAGAGUAAAGUUGAGGAUGAUGACAUAAUACUUGCACCUAGAGGCAAGACAAUGUUUUCAUUUCUGAGUAGACCCUCUCAAGAAAAUACAAGCACAUCUAAGACCAAAAGUACAGAAGAGAGAAUCGAAAAUAAAACUAACAGAUUUUCCUUGCUGCUUGAUGUCUCAACUGAUGAAAGUCUGGAUGCUGUACUGAGUGAGGAACCAAAACAGAGGGCAUCAAAAGUAAAUGCCAAGUCCAUCCAAUCAGGAGGAGGGGUCUCAAACAAAAUCAAGAAGCUCCCUUUUGUUGAAAAUCCAAAGCAAGGGAAGGUUAUCCCUCAAGUCGUCGUCAAGUUGUCAGAAGAUGAGUUACAGACGAAAACACUGAGUAUCAUUGAUGAGUUUAUAAACUGCCAUGACAAAAAGGAAGCUUGUUUGUGUAUUGAUGAGUUGAAGAGUAGAGCUGACAUGAACCAAUUCAUCACAGUAACUGUGAACCAUGUGCUAGAGAAAACAGAUGGUAUUCGCCAACAGAUUGGUGAACUAUUUGAUGAUUUGUUGAAGAGCCAAAUUAUUACUGUUGAAGAUGUAACAAAAGGCUUCUCUGAAGUGAUGGUAUUUGCUGAGGAUAUUGUGAUAGAUGUCCCCAAGCUGUGGGCUUACUUGGCUCAACUUAUUGCUCCACUGCUGAACCAUACGCUGCUCUGGUCAAACCUUGAGCCUAUGAUAUGCUGUCAUUUGCAGCCGAAGAACUCUGCCAUCAUGUUAGCACAUAUCUUGAAGCUACUGCUUGACAAACAGAUGACUGUGGCAGAAAUUCAAAAAGGUUGGAACGCAAGUAGUCUCAACUGGACACAGUUUAUGGAGCAAGACAGAGUAGUUGAAUUUCUGGACGAGCGCGGAAUAAACCAGAUCUUUUCAACUUCAGAUUGUAAGGAAAGAGAAAUCAACUCAGUUGACACAUUGGAUAGCAAUAUUGACCACUGUGAAAUAGUGGAUACCUUGAGUGAAAGACCUGAGCCUCAGAUAGACUCCAGUGAAAGACCUGAGCCUCAGAUAGACUCUAGUGAAAGACCUGAGCCUCAGAUAGACUCCAAUGAAAGUUCUGAGCCUCAUAUAGACUCUAGUGAAAAUUCUGAGCCUCAGGUAGACUCCAGUGAAAUUACAGUGGGUCACGGUCAGCUGGAUGCCACUGAAAUUGUUUAUAGUCAAAUAGAAUGUGAUAUCCAAUUAGAAUGUGAUAAUAUCUUUAAAAAUGAAUCUGAAUCUAUGCCAGUAGAACUGAAAAUUCCUAACAUCAGUAUCACUGGUGAGGAUUGCUUGAUUAAAUAUCCAACCUCAGAGAUGCCUAACUUAGAACCUGUCAUUGGUUCAGCUUCCUUGUUGACCAGCGACUUAGUGAUGGCCCAAAAUUUCAACAAUUCACCAUCAGAUGUUGUCGUAUGUGAAAAUAGUUUUUCUAACGAACUUUUGGAAACGGCUGAUGAGAAUGAUGGUCGUCAGAUAGACCAGGACACGCGCAGCGAAUUUUCAGACGAAGAGGGGUUUGAAACGUGGAGUAGAGAAAUGGAGGAAGACGAAGCUGGAUUCUUUAUUUCCUGCUACACGUCGGAGGCAGGAGCCAAGAAACUCUUUGUUUGCCGGUUGCCUUUUGAAAUCGCAGGAAGUGACGAGGAGGAGGAUGGGGGUGAAGAUAUGGCUGAUGAUGAAACUGUGAUCAGAUCCUUUCUUAAUGACAAUACUCAGGCAAAAAGUCUUACAGAUUACAAGGUAGUUUCACGAAAUGAAAACUUGCGAAACUGUUUACAUAGUGACAUCAGUGCUAGUCAACAUGAUAGUUCUAGUGUGUUGGAGGCUACUGCACACAAUGGCUCUGGCACAUCUUCUCCACAAAGAGAUUCUCUGUGCAUGGGUGAAAUGUAUGCAGAUUUGGCCCAAAACAAAUGGAGCUCAGUAUACUUGGAUCCUAGUGCACAGCAGUAUCUUGAAGCUGAUAAUACAGAAAGCAUAAGCUCACAGCCAAUAGACUUUAAUAGUACUAACAUGGGCUUCAUCAGCUCUAUUCCAAAUGACAGCACUAGAACUAAGGCAUACCCCAUACGCUCAAACUGUACUGCUGAUGGAAUCUUGAGAUCACAACAUCCUGAUGGUUACAUCUGGGGAAAUAAACUGUACACCUUUGAAGACCAUAAAAGAUAUCUCCAAUCUUUAGAGAAAUCUAUCACCAAUUUGUCAUCAGAUGCUCCAUGGUUUAAUUCUGGUAGACCAGCUGCUUCCAGUGGGGAUAAAACCUCAGUGGCCGUUAUUAAACCAGAUGAUUCCAGUGGGGAUAAAAUCUCAUUGGCUGCACCAUGUUUUGUUCCUGGUAGACCAGUUGAUUCCAGUGUGGAUAAAAUCUCAGUGGAUGCACCAUGUUUUGUUCCUGGUAGAUCAGUUGAUUCUAGUGUGGAUAAAAUCUCAGUGGAUGCACCAUGUUUUGUUCCUGGUAGAUCAGUUGAUUCCAGUGGGGAUAAAAUCUCAGUGGAUGCACCAUGUUUUGUUCCUGGUAGAUCAGUUGAUUCCAGUGGGGAUAAAAUCUCAUUGAAUGCACCAUGUUUUGUUCCUGGUAGAUCAGUUGAUUCCAGUGUAGAUAAAAUCUCACUGGAUGCACCAUAUUUUGUUCCUGGUAGAUCAGUUGCUUCUAGUGUGGAUAAAAUCUCAGUGGAUGCACCAUGUUUUGUUCCUGGUAGAUCAGUUGAUUCCAGUGGGGAUAAAAUCUCAGUGGAUGCACCAUGUUUUGUUCCUGGUAGAUCAGUUGAUUCCAGUGGGGAUAAAAUCUCAUUGAAUGCACCAUGUUUUGUUCCUGGUAGAUCAGUUGAUUCCAGUGGGGAUAAAAUCUCAGUGGAUGCACCAUGUUUUGUUCCUGGUAGAUCAGUUGAUUCCAGUGGGGAUAAAAUCUCAGUGGAUGCACCAUGUUUUGUUCCUGGUAGACCAGUUGAUUCCAGUAUGGAUAAAAUCUCAUUGAAUGCACCAUGUUUUGUUCCUGGUAGAUCAGUUGAUUCCAGUGGGGAUAAAAUCUCAUUGAAUGCACCAUGUUUUGUUCCUGGUGGAUCAGUUGAUUCCAGUGGGGAUAAAAUCUCAGUGGAUGCACCAUGUUUUGUUCCUGGUAGACCAGUUGAUUCCAGUAUGGAUAAAAUCUCAGUGGAUGCACCAUGUUUUGUUCCUGGUAGACCGGUUGAUUCUAGUGGGGAUAAAAUCUCAGUGAAUGCACCAUAUUUUGUUCCCGGUAGACCAGUUGCUUCUAGUGGGGAUAAAAUCUCAGUGAAUGCACCAUGUUUUGUUCCUGGUAGACCAGUUGCUUCUAGUGGGGAUAAAAUCUCAGUGGAUGCACCAUGUUUUGUUCCUGGUAGAUCAGUUGCUUCUAGUGUGGAUAAAAUCUCAGUGGAUGCACCAUGUUUUGUUCCUGGUAGAUCAGUUGAUUCCAGUGGGGAUAAAAUCUCAUUGAAUGCACCAUGUUUUGUUCCUGGUAGAUCAGUUGAUUCCAGUGGGGAUAAAAUCUCAUUGGCUGCACCAUAUUUUGUUCCUGGUAGACCAGUUGAUUCCAGUGGGGAUAAAAUCUCAUUGGCUGCACCAUAUUUUGUUCCUGGUAGACCAGUUGAUUCCAGUGGGGAUAAAAUCUCAUUGGCUGCACCAUAUUUUGUUCCUGGUAGACCAGUUGAUUCCAGUGUGGAUAAAAUCUCAGUGGCUGCUGCAUCUUGUCGAGAUGAUUAUAUGAAUGGACCAUUGCCAUUACAAGACGAGGCUGAAGUCUUCUUGGGAAACUCAGUAAAUAAAAGACAAAAUAAUUUUAGUAAUGGUGCUUGUGACUUAAAGCAGAAUAUUGACUCAAGUUGUCAUUUUCAGACAUCUUUUCAGAAUUAUAACUUUUCAUCAGGUUAUAUAGCUAGCAACCAUUCAACUUCAGGACAGACAUCUGUGUCUAACUCUAUGCAGUUUAACUUUUCUCAAAAACCUCCAGAGCAUCCCAGCCAGUCUUGUAGUAAUACUUAUUUCAGAGGUGUUUCUAACUAUGGCUUCAGCAGUGUCGGAAGUGACUUAAGUAAUCUCUCCAUUAAUCAGCCAAAGAAAGUGGGAGUCUCCACUUUUGGUUUUGAUGCUGCCUCCACAAAUAAGUCCCAUUGCACAAACGUUGCCAGAGAUGACCUCAGAGCUGCUAUAUCCAGCAAUGCAUCAGUUAACUGUGCCAUCGACCAGUCCAGUAUCCUGAAUAUGUUUCUGGGCAGGUCUCAAACUUCAUCAUCCCAACUCAGUGUGGACGUACUCAGUUAUCUAGCAUUGAGUCAGGCAGCCGCUUCAUCUCUAGAGACAAUGCUUAGGAAUAAAUCUUCCAAUCAGGAUAUUAUACAAUUCAUUAAGGAAGCCAUUGUUGGGAAAGUCCUAGAUGGAGCCCUGUUGUCAAUCUUCAUGACAGCCUUGGCUUGUUCUUUUCUGAAUGAUGUUAAGGAAUCAAUUGUCAAAGAAAGAAAAGAAAUCAUUUCAUUCGUUUUGGCCAGAGAUGUGAGUAAAGAAAUGGAAGCUAUUCAGAUUCUGAAUCUAGUGCUAUGCCAGUUUGGUUACCCGCAAGGUAUCUCCGUUCUUCUGCAAGAGCUGGUCACAGAAGAGUUGGUCAGUUAUGAAUCCUUACAGACUUUGUUCUGCAGCAUUAGUGACGCUCACCUCCGCAGAGCUAGGUCCAAGUACACAUACACUAGACCCACAGAGACCCCCACAGCCGAUGAAGGCAGAUGAAAACUGAUGUCUUUGUAUGUUCUACUGUUUGCAUGAUUUUGUUCCUGGCUUUUUGAAAACCAGCGUUAAUGUUAUUUUAGUGUUGACAUUUAAAUAGGAGACAAAAGUUAUUAUGCACAUUGAUUACUAUGUAAUUAUGUUUGAAUGCCAUUUCAUUUGGCUUACUUUAUUUGCAUUUGUAUAUCAUGAAUAAAUUGUUUUAUGAAA